GACCACAGUCGGAAGUCUUGGCUGGCUGGAUCGUAGGCGGGAAGUUCCAGCGAGCUGCCCGGUGCCACCGCGAUGCUGCCGCCCGCUGCCCCAGCAGUCCGGGGCCUCUAGACACCCCCCGCUGCGCCGGGCCCCUUCGUCUCGCUGCUAGGAGGCCCGGGACCCGGUGGGGCCGGCAUGACCGGCUUGCCCAGGGCCCGCCGAGCGCCCGGCGGUCUCCGGAGACGCGCGCCGAGCCUGGCUCCCACGGCCUCUGAGGCUCGGCGGGGCUGCGGCAGCCGGGCGGGCGAACCCCGGAGCCUUCCCGCGCAGCGUUAGCCCGGGGCGGGCAGGGACGCAGAGAAAGGCGCCUCCCGAGAAGCCGAGGCCACCGAGGAGUCCUGAGCACCGGUCGCUGGAGGGACGCGGAACUGUACUCCUGUGAGCCUUCGGCGCUCUUCUCUAACCCCCCCAGCACGUCAGCAUCCAGCCCCCGCGGCGCGCUCCCCGCGAGGAGGACUCCGGACUACCCCUCGGUGGACGGAUGGAGACCGAGCCCCUCCGAGGACCUGCCCUGCAGUUGUGGCUCGCGCGACUCCAGUCGCCGCCGUGAACCAGGGACCCUAAAGAAUGGCCGAGCCUUGGGGGAACGAGUUGGCGUCCGCAGCUGCCAGGGGGGACCUAGAGCAACUCACUAGUUUGUUGCAAAAUAAUGUAAACGUCAAUGCACAAAAUGGAUUUGGAAGGACUGCGCUGCAGGUUAUGAAACUCGGAAACCCUGAAAUUGCCAGGAGACUACUACUUAGAGGUGCUAAUCCCGAUCUGAAAGAUGGAACAGGUUUCGCUGUUAUUCAUGAUGCGGCCAGAGCAGGUUUCCUGGACACUUUACAGACUUUGCUGGAGUUUCAAGCUGACGUUAACAUCGAGGAUAAUGAAGGGAACCUGCCCCUGCACUUGGCUGCCAAAGAAGGCCACCUCCCCGUGGUGGAGUUCCUUAUGAAGCACACAGCCAGCAAAGUGGGGCAUCGGAAUCAUCAGGGGGACACCGCCUGUGACUUGGCCAGGCUCUACCGCAGGAAUGAGGUCGUUAGUCUGAUGGAGGGAAACCAGGUGGAGGGAGCCGCGAAUCUGUCCUAAAUGUGGGGGGUGGGGGGAGGCUCUCCCAUACAGUCUUCUAUUUUGUCAGUAAUUAGUUUGGGUUAAUAUUUGUUCAAACUCGGUUUUGUCCUAUUUUAGCAGCUAGUUAAAUCCUCUGAGACUGCUAAAUGGAAAUCCUACUACAAGUUGAUGAAUAUAUUUAAGCAGCAUCUUUUUCACCUGCAAAAUCCUGAUUUCUAACAUGUAAUUGCAAAUAGCUUUUACUUUCUUCUGAAUAUUUUAUCCUGUCUUUUUCUGUCUUUUCCUUGCCAGUCUCAAUACCCAAUUCAAGACCCAACUUGGAGAUCUUGGUUUUAAAAUGGUUUGCCUUCAUGCUUAUAUAGCCCAAUUAAAACAUUUUUUUCAAAACAGGACUUUUUUCCCUUUCUUCUGUGAUUUCCUCUCCAUAACACCCAUAGAAUUUGCGACCUUCUCAGGAGAAUCAUACAAAAGUUCAUGUCUUAAAUCUGGACAUU